CUUUGGUCCGCUAGUCCAAAGUGGCGUAGAUUUGCAAAGGAACGAUGCCUCUGCGUUUGGACAUCAAGAAAAAGCUCUCGAGCCGCUCGGAGCGCGUGAAGAGCGUGGACUUGCACCCCACGGAGCCGUGGGUGCUGUCGGGGCUGUACAACGGCACCGUGAUGUUGUGGGACUACGACAAGCAGCAGCUGGUCAAGUCGUUCGAAGUGUCGACGUUGCCGGUACGCAAUGCGCGCUUCAUUGCGCGGAAACAGUGGAUCGUGGCGUCGGCGGACGACCUCCAGCUGCGCGUGUUCAACUACAACACGAUGGACAAGGUGACUGCGUUCGACGCGCACACGGACUACAUUCGGUUCCUCGAAGUGCACCCCGUGCUGCCCAUAAUAUUGUCUUGCGCCGACGACAUGACGGUCAAAAUGUGGGACUGGGAGAAGAACUGGUUGUGCACGCAAGUGUUUGAAGGACACGGGCACUACGUGAUGAUGGCCAAGUUCAAUCCAAAGGACACCAACACGUUCGCCACGGGCAGUCUGGACCGCACGAUCCGCGUGUGGGGUCUCGGUUCGUCGCAUCCCCACUUUACCCUCGAAGGGCACGAGCGCGGCGUCAACUGCAUCGACUACUACCCCGGCGGGGACAAGCCGUACCUGAUCUCUGGGUCGGACGACAAGACGGUCAAGGUAUGGGACUACCAGACCAAGACGAUCGUGCACACGCUGGACGGGCACACGCACAACUUGGCCGACGUGAUGUACCAUCCGCGUCUGCCGCUGAUCAUCUCGGCAUGCGAGGACGGCGCCGUGCGCAUGUGGCACUCGACAACGUACCGCGCCGAGACCACGCUCAACUAUGGCAUGGAGCGCGCAUGGUGCCUCGCCGGACUGGACUCGAGCAACGUGCUGGCGAUCGGGUACGACGAGGGGAGCGUGGUGCUGCGACUGGGCCACGACACGCCCGUCGUGAGCAUGGACGCAACCGGCAAGCUGAUUUGGGCGACCAACAACGAGAUCCAAACAGCGUCAGUCAAGGGCGUGGUGGCGGAGCUAGGGCUCAAGGACGGCGAGCGCGUGCCGCUGCCCGGGCGGGACCUCGGCUCAUGCGAAGUGUUUCCUCAAAAGCUCCAGCACAACUCGAACGGGCGGUUCGUGGCCGUGUGCGGCGACGGCGAGUACAUCAUUUACACGUCUCAGCAGCUGCGCAACAAGAGCUUUGGAUCGGCGCUCGACUUUGCGUGGUCGCCCACGGGCACAGGCGACUAUGUAGUGCGCGAGUCGUCGUCGAAAAUCGUACUGUUCAAGAACUUUGUCCAAGUCAAAACUGUAAAGCCGGCGCAGUGCACGGCCGAGGGGCUGUUUGGCGGCGCGCUCAUUGGGGUCCGCGGCCCCGACUGCAUUGCGUUCUAUGACUGGGACAACGACAUGCGCUUUGUGCGCAAGAUUGACGCCACGGUCAAGAACGUAUGGUGGAGCGACGCGGGGGACCUCGUGGUGCUGGCAACCGACUCGUCGUACUAUGUGCUUCGCUACAACCGCGACGCGGCGGCGGCGCCGAGCCCGGACGGCGUCGAAGGGGCGUUUGAACUGCUCCAUGAACUGUCGGAGAAGGUGAGCAGCGGCACUUGGGUCGGUGACUGCUUCUUGUACGUCAACUCGGGCGGCCGACUCAACUAUUACGUGGGCGGCGAGAUCAUGACGAUUACGCACUUGCCGACGAAAAUGUACCUCUUGGGGUACCUCCCCAAAGAGAAUGUCGUGUUCCUGAUGGAUAAACAGAAGAACGUGACCAGCUUCACGGUGCACCUGGUGCUGCUCGAGUACCAAACCGCGGUGGUCCGCCACGACUUCACGACCGCUAACGCCAUCCUCCCGCGCAUCCCGCCCGACCUCAUGGACGUCGUCGCCCGGUUCCUAGAGUCGCAGGGGUACAAGGAAGAGGCGCUAGUACUGAGCACAGACCCCGACCAAAAGUUUGACCUGGCAGUGCAACUCGCCAAGCUGGACGUGGCCAAGGACAUCAUGAUGGCGCGCGAACAUGAUCAGCAUGCGUCGGCCACCGAUACCCAGCAUAAGUGGAAGCAGCUCGGCGACCUCGCGCUCAACGACGGCAACUACACGCUCGCCGAGGACUGCGCGGUGCGCUCUGAGGACCUGAGCUUGCUCUUGUUGCUGUACACGUCCCGCGGCGACCGCGUCAAGCUGGCGACGCUGGCCGAGAUGGCCACCGCCAAAGGCCGCCAUAACGUUGCGUUUGUGAGCUUGUUGUUUCUCGGCCGACUCAAGGACUGCGUGGGGCUGCUGGUCGACUCGAAGCGGCUGCCGGAAGCCGCCUUCUUUGCCCGGUCGUACGAUCCCGCCGCCAUCGACGAAGUGCUGGGCGCGUGGCGGGACGAUCUGGCCCAAGUGAGCUCCCGAGCCGCCAAAGCCCUGGCCGACCCCGCCAAGAACGUCGAGUUGUUUGAGAACUUUGAAAAGUCCAUCCGAGCCGCGCAGGUAGUUGCGCAGCAACAGCAUGUCGUGUUCCCCGCCUCCGAGUACGCGGCCCGCGUGCCGCUGUUGGACGUGCACGUGUUGGAUCGAGGACAAGAGGAGGUGGCCGUCCAGGACAACGGCACAGGUAUUCUUUAGUGAAAACAUAACACCGUGGUAACACUCUAAUACAUGUACGAUGUUGACAUUC